AUAGCAUUGUCUGGCCACUUUAUUGGGCACACCUGCUCAUUCGCUCAUAGUUCACAGUCCACAGUCACAGGUAAACCAGCAGGUGUUUUGGAGGCGGAGCAACAUGACAAAACUCAGCUGUUUCACAAGAAAUGAAACUCAAGAGAGAGAGGAGCUGGUGCGAAGUGUCUGCUCAAACCACAAUCAAACCCACAAGUUUAAACAUCUAUAAACAACAAAUAUCAGGAUGGCGAGUGUGAGCUGUGUACUGUCUGAGGAUCAUUUCCUCUGCUCCAUCUGUCUGGAGGUCUUCAGUGGUCCAGUGACCACUCCCUGUGGUCACAGCUUCUGCUGCACCUGCAUCAAUAAACACUGGGACACCUCUGAGCUCUACUUCUGCCCCGUCUGUAAAGAGGAGUUCAGCAGCAGACCAGUGUUAAAGACCAACACUUUCAUGUUAGACAUGUUGUCUGAGUUUAAAAACAAACCAAGAGGUGAGGAGCUGACGGCAGCAGAGUCAGGAGUGCUGUGUGACAUGUGUCCUGACCCAAAGCUGCAGGCGCUGAAGUCCUGCCUCAUGUGUCAGACGUCCUACUGCCCCCUCCACCUGCAGCCCCACCUCACAGUGCCCCGUCUACAGAAGCACCAGCUCAUCGCCGCGGCGACCGACCUGGAGGAGCGGGUCUGUGCUGAACACGCCCGACCUCUGGAGCUGUUCUGCAGAGACCACUCUGAGCUCAUCUGUGUCCUCUGCAGUUACACAGAGCACAGAGACCACAACACAGUCCUCCUGAAGGAGCAGUGUGAGGAGCAGCAGAAACAUCUGCAGCAGGAGAUACAGGAGAGAAGAGACAAAGUCCAGGAAAUACUGAAGUCUGUGCAGCUCAGUCAGAAGAACGCAGACAGAGAAAUGGAAGAGGGAGUGAAGUUCUUCAAUGAUCUGAUGGAGUGUGUUCAACAAAGUCUGGAUCAGUUUAAACUGAACAUCGAAGAGAAACAUGAGGAAAUAAAGACAGAGGCAGAAGAGUUAAUAAAAGGUUUAGAGUCUGAAAUCUCUGAACUGGAGCAGAGACAAGCAGAGUUGGAGGAGAUCUGGAGAUCUGACGACCAUUUUCAGUUUGUCCAAACCUUCAGUCUUCCAGAGCUGCAGGACUGGACAGAGGAGUCUGUGAGGGUUCCAUUGUACAAGGGCAGAGUUUCCAAAGCUAUGUCUGAGUUAAUCACAAGGUUUACUCCAAAAAUAAAAAAAAAACUUUUUGGGAGUCAGCUGACAGAAGCAAAGGAACAUGCAGUCAAGGUGACUCUAGAUCCAGAUACAGCUCAUCCAAACUUGGCCCUGUCUUGGGAUUACAACGAGGUGCAUUACACAAAUCAAACAACAAAUCUUCCAGACAUCCCCAGAGAGAUUUUCAAAAAAGCUGUAUGUUUUAGGACAUCAAAAGUUUUCUUCUGGCAGGUUUUAUUUUGAAGUUCAGGUCAAAGGAAAGACCCAGUGGGUCUUAGGAGUGGUGAAGGAGUCAGCAGACAGAAAAAGAUCUGCAAACUUCACUCCUGAAAAUGGAUACUGGAGAAUUCCUGGAGGAUGUAAAGAUCCUCUGUGGUCUGCUGUGGAGAAGGUCGGGGUGUUUGUGGACUAUGACGAGGGCCUGAUCUGUUUUUUUGAUGCAGAAACUUCAACUCUGAUUCACUCCAUCACUGACUGUUGUUUCACUGAGAACAUCCUUCCACUGUUCUGUCCGGGCAACAACUCUCUUCCUCUCAUACUUACUCCUGUUAAUUAUUGGACAGGACUUUUCCUUUUUUAAAUUUAAACAAAUAUUAUCAUUAUUUUUAUGCCAUGUAUUAAAGGUGCAUUGCUUAACUUUUCUGGUGGAGGCUCCGUCAAAUGCUUUUCUCUAUGGAGAUAUUAUUGCUUUUUCUGGAAUGUUUCACAUUCACUUAAAGCUCACAAAAGUCAAUUCUGAGUAAUAUAGGAUUUAAAACAAACAAACAAACAAACAAACAAACAAAAAACAAAACAAAGAAAGUCCUCUACUUCACAUUGUGUUAUUUUUCUCCUCCACUACACUUCUCACAAACUUCUAACUUCCUGUUUGAGUCUAGAUAAUAUACGAGUUUAACUUUCUGAAAUGAGUGAAAAAAGAUAUAAAACUUGUUCAUGAUAUUCUAGAUUUUUGGAGAUGUUCUGUAUAUCUGCCAAACUAGAGGAACUGCACACACAACACUGAAAAGGAGAAGAGCCAGUAGCAGACUUAAGACUUUGGAGAACUCCUUAUCAUGUAUGAUUUUCUAUAUGUUUUGUGUCUUUUUGAUUGUUCUUGAGAAGUGAUUUAGUCCUGGUUUAGUUCUGAUUUAGUCCUGGGAUCAGUCCUGCUUUAUUCCUGCUUUAGUUCUGGUUUAGACCUGGUUUAGUCCUUGGAUCAGUCCUAGUUUAGUCCUGGUUCAGUCCUGGCGCAAAAGUCACAGAAACGGGAAUCUUUUUUUCUUUUUUCUUUUUCAUUUAAACACAAAACACUGAAAACAAUGAAUCAUUAUCUGUUUUUUCACUUUGGUUUUGGAGACAAAUAAAGAGGAAAAUAUAUAUAUA